GCAAGUAAACAAAAACAAAGCGACACUAGAGUUUUACUAUUUACGAGUACCAUACUCAAUAUACUUACAUAUGAUUAGAUGUACGACUACAAUUCAUAAAAAUUUCCGCACUAUCGCCUCUCGGCAAUCAGUAACUAAAAAGAAAUUAAAAAACAUAGAAUCAUAAAAAUACGCAAAUCAAUUUGCCAACGAGCAGCCUUAAGUAUGACAUUAGCACUCACUCACGAUGACGGACAUUGAUGAGAAACGAAUACUGGAUACACCAUCAACCACGAGCUCUAACACUUCUUUGGAUCCUGCAGUGGAAUUCUCCAAGCCGGCUUGUAGUGCAAGUACAAUGCCUGCCGCAACCGAUGAAGUGCAUACAGUAGCGUCUUCGCCGGAGGAACCACUUGCACCGCAAUCGAACCGUCAUUUGCGCCGACGGAUUAUGUCCUUAGAAUUGCCGGUGUUUUUGCUCUUCCUUGCCACAAUGAUAACGGGUCCCGUGAUGCUGAAUCAGGAGCUCUAUCAAACCUGUGUGGCUGUAUAUCAUUACAAUGCGAGUGAUUGUGAGCCUCUGCGCGGUAUUAUUCCCAAGACGGAGGAGGCGAAAGUGAUCGAAAAGAGUCUUCAACCUUACGUGGCGCAAAUAACUAUGACUAACUCUAUGCUAAAUAAUAUUUGGCCAGGAUGUAUCGUUCUCUUCGUUGGGCCAUGGUCAGAUAAAUUUGGACGACGACCAGUGCUUUUGGUGGCUUUCAUCGCUGCAUUUCUCGGUCACGUGAUAACUGCAACAUUAGUUAGCGUUUCCGCAAUGCUAUCGCUGAAUCCUUGGUUCUACAUAAUGGGCGGCAUUCCAUCCGCACUUGUUGGCGGUGGCAACUCAUUGAUUACCGUCGUCUUCUGUUAUAUAUCUGAUGUCUCUGAUAUGGAAAGUAAACCCAAGCGGAUGUUCUAUAUUGAUAUGGUUAUGGGUGUGGGUGUAGUACUUGGCAAUGUGUUGAGCAGUUACUUGUUGCGGCUCACGAGCGUUGCUAUGGUGUGUGCCACGGCUGCCACGCUUGUGUUUAUCGCUUUACUCUACAUUUUAUUUUUUAUUGGAGAAAGUUUGGAUGUCGAGGAAACAAGCUUUGCGCAUAAAGCAAAACGCUUCUUUGAUGUCCACCUUAUCAAGGACCUAGUGAAGACUUGUGUGGCACGACGUCCAAACUAUGGACGCGCCAUAAUCGGUUGCACAAUUUCCAUUUCAACAGUAACGACUUUCAUAAUGUACGGUGAGCUUGGUAUAUUUUACUUGUUCUUGCGCACUAAAUUCAAUGUAACUUUGCAACAGUACACGUAUUAUAAUGCCACUGUAAUAACGAUAAAAAUGCUGGGAUGUGGCAUUGCUUUUGGGGUCUUCAGAAAGCUGUUCAAGAUAUCUUUUUCCGCAAUUGCUAUGAUGGGUCUAGCUGGUUGUUUUUUUGAUAGUUUGACUCGUGGUUUGGCGCAGAGUUUCUGGCAAAUGUAUAUGGCAUCCGCCUUUGGACUUAUGUCUGGCAUAACCGGUCCCAUGUUGCAAGCAAUUGUUUCGUUAGCUGUGCCAUCAAAUGAAAUUGGUAAAGUGUAUUCCUUAUCAUCCUGCAUACACACACUGACACCACUAGCUGCUGCACCUUUAUAUACGCUCAUCUACAGCCGUACUCUGAAUUUUUAUCCUGGAUUGUAUAAUUUCAUCAGUUCAGGACUGUAUGUGGAGUGCUUCGUUGUAAUGACGAUAAUAUACAUUUUCGAGCGACGAGUUGCUAAGAGGAUACCCCAUCCUGAAGCAGAAAAGGGAGAGUCGGAAAAAGCUCAAACGGAAGAUUCUCCAACUGAAAACUCUCAGUCAACACAAGCACAGUAAAGAACAUAUAUAUGUGAGUUUGUGUAUGCGCCAAAGAUUUUGUAUACAAGUAUACUUAAGUAGCUUAGAAAUGAGAGUAUGUGAUAAUUGUUAAAUAAGUAAUUUUAAAAAAUAUGUAUUUCGAGAAUAUUCAAGAAGGGAGUUUUCCCAGUACAUAGCGCUCAAAUUGUACCUCACAUACGCGUAAGCGUAGUACAAAAAUGAGAGAAACAAAAACGUUAUUAGUAUAUUUUAAAAGACAGGAAUAACACUAAUUGUCUUGUUAGUGUAUGGAAAUCGAUAGAAUCAUAUUUCGGAGGUCAUAAUCGUACCUAUAUAUAUAUACAUUUUAUUGGCCGAAGGAAAGCUACAGAUUUUAUCAAAGGUCAUUAUGGAUAGUUUUUAAAAGCACAAUUUCUCGAGAGACUAGAAAAAAUAUAUAAAAUAUGUAUCUUGAUGUCAUUGGAUAGGUAAUAAAACUACUUUUACACAUAUUUUGUCA